GGAGCAGCACUCGGAGUGAACGGGCGGAGGAGGACGAGGCGGGAGACAGAGAGCUUUACAGAAGAAAACACUGAGAAAAAAAAUAACAAAAACUCGCACCUUUGGAUGCACAGCAAGCCCGCGGCUUUGGAUUUACUGCUCACUGCCCUGAUUCGGUUCCACUUGCUUUGAAACGCACACAGCCCGAGUGAAGAUGGGAUCCCAGGCUUCUAAGGGAGGAGUGGCCGUGGAGGGGAAAGCCGCCGAGGCGUCCGCCGCCAAGACGAACGGACAGGAGAACGGCCACGUCAAAACCAACGGCGACGUCUCCGCCAAGGCAGAGGGAGAAUCAGCCGCCACCACCAACGGCUCGGCUGAGGCGGCCAAGGAGGCCGAGGCUGGGGCUGGAGAUGCCAUUGAGCCCGCGCCGGCUGCUGAGGGAGAUGCUGCCAAGCCUGAGGGCGAGGCUGCCAAGGAGACCCCCAAGAAGAAGAAGAAGAAGUUCUCCCUGAAGAACUCCUUCAAAUUCAAGGGCCUGUCGCUGAAGAAGAGCAAGAAGAGCGCCGAGGUGAAGGAGGAGACCAAGGCUGAGGAGGCCACGGAGGAGAAGCCCGAGGAGAACGGAGCCGCAGCGGCCGCUGCGCCCGCCGAGGAGAAGAAGGAGGAGGCCAAGGCCGAGGAGACCCCGGCCCCGGCUGAGACCCCCAAGGCCGAGGAAGCCCCGGCCAAAGCCGAGGAGGCCGCCGCCCCCAAGGAAGAGGCUGCCGCUGCCGCCGCACCUGCUGCUGAGCCCACAAAACCCACAGAGGAGACCAACUCCACACCCGCACCAUCCGAACAGAAGGAGUGAUUGUACUUCACAAGGACUUUGUGAACUGUUUUUCAAGAAAAAAAAAAUAUAUAUAUUUAUAUAUAUGUGUAUAUGUAUACAUAUGUAUAUAUACAUGGAUAUAUGUAUAUGUAUAUAUACACAUGUAUGUGAAAAAAAAGAAAAAAAGAGAGACUCCUCGUGCCACUUUCUUCAAGAUUAAUAUGAAAUGACAGACUAGAUUCACUAGUUCACUUCCCUAAUAAUGGCUCAAAGAUCCGGGACUCUGAAUUUAUAGGCUUGGAACCGGGAUGUCAACACUGGAGCGAGAGAGAAUGAGAGAGAAGAGAGUUCGAGGAUGGGAUGAAAAAAGACGAAGAUGCAUCUUUCAAACCCAUCACCACAAAGAUGCUAUAAUAUAUAAAAAAAACAGAAGUGCAAGAUAAACAUCACCACAUAAUAAUGACUGUUAAAAAAAAAACGGAAAAAAAGACUUGCCAACUUUCUACAUUCCUAUAUUUUAACCCAAAUUUAAGUAUUUUGUGGUGUAUAGAGAACCAUUUUAAAUAUCCAGAAGGCUUUGUCUUGUUUGUUUGAAAUCGCAUUUUAAUUUUCAUCUUGGCUUAAAAAAAGAGAAAAAAACACAUUUGAGCUUGCUAUGUUCACAUUUGAAGUUUUAAAAGAAAGCAGAGUUGUUAUGUGUUAAAUGUGAGCCUUGAUCUGCUUUUUUGUCUCUGUAAAUACAUUUGACUGAUUUUGUUCUUUAUUUUGCUAAUGUUAAAAGAUGUUACUGGUUUUAUUGUAAAGUUGAUAAUGGUAAAUAAAUGUUGGUUACCUAAUGAA